GCGAGUUUGCUCAGUGUCGGACGUCGGCGCAUGCGUGUUGAUGCCUUCACUGGAAGGGCAAUGCUUUGCUUCUGGCCGGAAAUAAGGACCAGGGAACAAAACUGCGCUAAGGCGCAAUAGAAGAAAAGAGGAUGAGUAGCCGGAGGAAACGCGCGCCUCCAGUCAAGCUGGAUGAUGAGGGAAAGAAACAGCAUUGUUGGAAUAUGCACGAAGACAGGAGAUUUGAGGACUUCUCUUUAGUAGAGGAUGCGGGGGACCCAGGACCAAGUACUUCGUUUCCUGAUGCCAGACAAAUCCCAAAAGAUCAAAAGACAGAUUGUGAACCUGUACCUACGAAUCUUAGGGUUUCAACAGACACAGAAGAACACGAAGAGUCCACCAUUGCUUUUAUUCCACACUCUGCUCAUUUCAACAUGGUCAUUUCGCCUCUUCCCCUAGAAGAGGGUUGGAUAGCUUUGAUCGGGGUUUUCAGUAUUCACCUUCCUCCCAGACACAUUAGUCAUAAAGUAUUCGAGGGUCUCAGAUUUUCAUUGACUAAAACUGAAUUAAAGUCAACUCAACUUCUUCUGUAUGUUCAUGAGCAAGAUGAGGAGUUGGAUGAAGAACCGUCAAAAGUGGGGCCUAAAAGAAGCUACGACAAGAUGUUGCCGGUGGAAACAUCUCUUAGUGAGGAGCUAAUGGAAGACUUGAGGUGGCUGCAGAAGAAGAAGAAUAUUGCACUUUAUCAAAGGACUACAGAAUGUGAUACAAUUCAGGUUGGGAUCUAUUUAUUGGAGGCAUGUCUGGCAAAACUAGACUUUCACAGUGAAGGGAGUGGAAGGAUGAAAAAGUCUUGUAUUCUUAUUCAGAGACUAAUGGAAAGGUUCUACGAUUUUAUAAUUCCAGAUAUUGAUGAAGAUGAAGAGGAAUCAGACCGAGAAUUGGAGAGGCAGAACAUUGAGGAAUUGUACGAUUACGUGAGGCAAACCCACCAAAAAGAAGACAGAUCUAUGCAGGAAGAUGUGCAGCACCCUGCGUUGAUUCCAGUGCUGCGGCCUUACCAGAACGAGGCUGUCAACUGGAUGCUAAUGAGGGAGAACUUCAGAAAUAUGCAUUCAAAUGAAAAUACUUUGCACGUAUUGUGGCGCGAAGUGACUACAAUGGAUGAAAAGAAACUCUACUAUAAUCCAUUUACUGGAUGCAUAAUUCGAGAUAGACCUGUUGCUGGUCACGAGUGGCCAGGGGGAAUCCUUGCAGAUGAGAUGGGUCUUGGAAAGACAGUGGAAGUUCUAAGCCUGAUCCUUUGUCAUCCACGGAAAGAUGUCAAAAAUGAUAUUUUGACUUUACCCGAGGGCAAACUAGUGAAUUACUUCAUUCCACCCCCUCCUGGAGACGAAAAGAAGAAAAGAGAGAAAACGUCAAAUUGCAAACUUAAAGAAAAAGUGCAGUAUCCCAGUUUACGAGUAAUGAUACUGGCAGCAGUAAAAGAAAUGAGUGUGAAAAAAGGGGCUUCCAUAAUUGCUAUCUUUAAGUAUGUAAGCGCCAUAUACAGGUACGAUGUACAAAAGCACCGCCGGCUUCUUAAAAAGACCUUGGAGAAGUUAAUCAAGGAAAAAAUAGUGGAGCAGGUGAAAGGUCAUGGCUUAACAGGUUCUUUCAAACUAGGGAAAAACUACAAGGAACAGAAAGUCCAAGACAAGUCACAGAAAAUGAAAAUAAAAGUUACAAAAAAGCUGCGACACGGUGACAAACACAUGCAUACAAAAGAACCUUUGGACAAAGGUCCUAAUUUGGAUAUCACGUCGAAGGAUCAUGACUAUUGCUCACACACUAAGGAUAAGAGGACAAAAAAUGAACUUCAGAACCCUGAUGUUGGUGAAGAUGCUUUUAAAGUGAAGGAAAUUGUUCAAGGUUCUCAUUUACCUAGUACUGCACCGCUCCUCAGUGACUGCUGCAUUGAUGAUAGUGUUGAUUCAGCUAACUCAAAGACAAAGGAAGAAGAUGUUAAGGUGGACCAUCAUCCUCAGAAAACUACUUCCCAGCCUUGUUCUGUGCUUCCAUUCAAUACAUGUGAUUACCGCUUCGAAUGCAUUUGCGGUGAGUUGGGGCUUCUUGACUACAAGGCUCGGGUGCAGUGCUUGCAGUGCCAUCUGUGGCAACACGCAGAGUGUGUAAAUUAUAAAGAAGAAAACUUGGGAGUCACACCAUUCUAUUGCCCACAUUGUCUUGUGGCCAUGAAGCCUGUAUCCACUGGAGCAACCCUCAUCAUUUCUCCCAGCUCCAUCUGUCACCAGUGGGUAGAUGAAAUCAACCGACAUGUACGAUCAUCCUCACUUCGGGUUAUGGUUUAUCAAGGUGUGAAAAAACAUGGCUUCCUGCAACCUCAGAUGUUAGCCGAACAAGAUGUGGUAAUUACUACUUAUGACGUUCUGCGAUCUGAGCUAAACUAUGUAGACAUUCCUCACAGUAACAGUGAAGAUGGACGAAGGUUCCGGAACCAAAAACGCUAUAUGGCCGUGCCAAGCCCACUAGUUGCUGUUGAGUGGUGGAGAAUUUGUUUAGACGAAGCACAAAUGGUGGAGUGCACAACAGCAAAGGCAGCUGAAAUGGCCCUACGUCUCAGUGGCAUCAACAGAUGGUGUGUGAGUGGAACUCCUGUUCAGAGAGGGCUUGAAGAUUUAUUUGGACUAGUGUUGUUCCUUGGAGUGGACCCUUACUGGGUUAAACAUUGGUGGGACCACCUUCUGUACAGACCAUAUUACAGAAAAGACCCAUUGCCUUUAUAUCGCCUCAUAUCGAAAAUAAUGUGGAGGUCUGCAAAAAAGGAUGUCAUAGACCAGAUCCAGAUCCCCCCACAAACAGAAGAAGUGCAUUGGCUUCACUUUUCCCCAGUGGAGCGGCAUUUUUACCACAGACAACACGAAGUCUGUUGCCAGGAUGCGCUGGCUAAACUUCGCAAGAUCGCCGACUGGUCUCUCAAACUCAGUAGUUUGGACAGACGUACCGUAUCGUCCAUCUUGUAUCCCUUGCUGAGGCUGAGGCAGGCCUGCUGUCAUCCCCAAGCCGUACGAGGGGAAUUUCUACCGCUACAGAAAAGCACAAUGACGAUGGAAGAGCUGCUGACGUCACUACAGAAGAAAUGUCGCACAGAAUGUGAAGAAGCUCACCGCCAGCUUGUUUGUGCCUUGAAUGGCCUGGCAGGAAUUCACAUUAUUAAAGGGGAAUAUCCUGAGGCAGUAGAGUUAUAUAGAGAGGUUUUGAGAUCAUCAGAAGAGCACAAAGAAAAACUGAAAACAGACUCUUUACAAAGAUUGCAUUCUACACAUAACCUGAUGGAACUCAUCUCUGCAAAACACCCUGGAAUCCCUCCAACUUUGCGUGAUGGGAAGCUGGCAGAUGAGGCAAAGCAACUCCAGCAGCACUAUAUGAGCAAAUCAAAUGCAGAAGUCACUGAAGCUCACCAGGCUUUACAGCCAGUAUUGCAGAAUAUUCGGGAACUGCAGAGGAAGAUUCACUUCUCUUCCCCCUGGUGGCUUGAGGUGAUCCAACUCGCAAUCCAGUACGCAGUCGAUGAGGAGCUUGUCCAACGGGUUCAAAAUGAAAUAACCAGCAACUACAAACAGCAAACUAACAAGCUGUCCAUGGCUGACAAGUUCCGGGAUUGCAGAGGCCUUCAGUACAUUCUUACUACCCAAAUGGAAGAGCUGAGGAAAUGCCAAAAGCUUGUAAGAGACGGAGUGAAGAAUCUAGAGGGUCCGCCAUCCCAAGAAGUUAUCCAAGCCGCAACUGCUUGCCACCUCCGACCAGCACGGCUUCCCUUAAAUAACUGUGUCUUCUGUAAAGCUGAUGAAUUAUUCACAGAAUAUGAGUCAAAGCUGUUCUCCCACACGGUAAAGGGCCAGACUGCUAUAUUUGAAGAAAUGAUAGAGGACGAAGAAGGCCUUGUCGAUGACCGCCUGCCUACGACAAGCAGGGGUCUCUGGGCUGCCAGUGAAAUGGAACGUUCCCUCAAAGCUAUAUUAUCAUUUGCAAGAAUUCACAGAUUGGAUGCAAAGUUGAUUGAUGAAGGGGCCAGCUUCUUGGAGCUUUUUGAUGCUUGGAAAAAGGAAUACAAGUUACUUCAUGAGUAUUGGAUGGUGUUGAGAGAUCACGUUUCUGCCAUUGAUGAACUUGCAAUGGCAUCAGAGCGGCUCCGAGUUAGACUUCCUGAUGAACCAAAGCCAAACCCACCUGUUCUUCACAUCAUUGAACCACACGAGGUGGAACAGAACAGGGUGAAGCUACUAAAUGACAAAGCAGUUGCAAGGUCUCAGCUACAGAAAAAAUUGGGCCAACUCCUUUACCUUUCAAACUUAGAGAAGUCCCAAGAUAAAACUACAGGAGGUGUGAACCCGGAACCCUGUCCGAUCUGUGCUCGUCCUCUAGGAAAGCAGUGGGCAGUAUUGACUUGUGGGCAUUGCUUCUGCAACGAAUGCGUAGCUAUCAUCAUAGACCAGUACAGCGUGGGCACCCGGAGGAGUGCCAUCAAGUGCGCGAUUUGUAGGCAGACCACGUCGCAUAAAGAAAUCUCCUACGUCUUCACCAGUGAGACGGCAAACCAGGAGAGAGACAUUCCUGUGAAGGGAAGCCAUUCUACCAAAGUGGAAGCUGUGGUGAGAACGCUAAUGAAAAUGCAAUUACGCGAUCCUGGAGCUAAAGCACUGGUUUUCUCAACAUGGCAAGAUGUGCUUGAUAUCAUCGCAAAAGCCCUGCAAGACAACAAUAUCGUAUUUUCACAGAUCAACGGGAUCCAGAAGUUCCAGGAAAACCUUUCAGCGUUUAAAUAUGAUCCAAACAUCAAUGUUCUGCUGCUACCUCUCCACACGGGUUCCAAUGGACUGAACAUCAUAGAGGCUACUCAUGUGCUACUGGUGGAGCCUAUUCUAAAUCCGGCACAUGAACUGCAAGCUAUCGGUCGUGUUCACCGAAUUGGCCAGACAAAAUCCACUAUCGUUCACCGCUUCCUCAUAAAAGCAACAAUUGAAGAAAGGAUGCAAGCAAUGCUUAAAACUGCAGACAGGAGUCACACAAGCGCGUCGAUGAAGCAGUCUGAAGCAUCGGUCCUGACCGUAGCAGACUUGGCUGACCUGUUUACAGAAGAGAAGGAGCAACUUGAGUGAGCUAUGAUAAUAAAAUACUACAGAUAUGUCAUCAAGUAUACAUUCCAGGAUCCCUUGACCUUUUUAAAAGAUAUUUUAUAGGCUUCAGUAUGACAUUACAUCUGGUUGCUGGUCUUAUGCACAACUUUUUUUAACCACAGGAGUAUAAAUUUGUAUAUAUGGUAAAUAUGUUUGUGAUUGCUCUAUGCUGUAAAAACAAC